CCAGCGUUCCAGCGCAGUAUGUAUGGCGCAGCGUGUCUGACCACCCUUCACAUUUUAUCCACUCUAAAUUCGCGUUUUCCUGAGAAUAGGCGUUCUGACACAUCUGCGCGUGUCAUCGUUUUUUAGCCGGGGCAAGAGACUUCCGACCAGCACAGCUGUUAUGAAACACUUUUGAAAUAACGGAUUCAUCUUUUUAUCCCUCACGGCACGAGGACGAAGAUUCAUAUACGAGCGCCUCGCAUCCGCCUCCUCCAGCAUCAAGGAGUAUCCUUUUUCGGCGUGCCUUUCUGCCUCACCGGCAUCCUUAUUCAUGAAGGGAUGAGAGCGGCUGUCUCGUCAUUCGGUGGUUAUUUUUCGCAUUAAAGUCCGCAGUAUUAUCUUUAAGGGACGUCGAAGAGGUGGAUGCCGGCGCGCGUUACCAGACUCCGAUUUAUAGUGCGUGUGUUUCCCAUGGCGCUGUCAUUUACUUUCGCCAGUCGGUGCUUAAUGCCGGCAAAGGUGUGAGGAGGAAGCCGACUUUAAGGGCUUUGUGUGGACCAAUUCGAUGCUGGCAAGAAAUGACUAUCGAUACAUCUCAAUCUGACGUUUCUUCAGUUGUUUCUUGAUGAUAUUUGUCACAGUCACGCAAGGUGGGAGAUUACACCGCGCGUACUGUCUUCAAGUGUUCGCCGCCUGAGGAACCGUAGCUGGAUAUGUUCAGACUAACGUAAAGAUGGAUAUUAUGUUUGCUCUCCUGUGGUUAUUGGCCGUACUAUUUGAAGGCGUUUUGUGCCAGGGAGUAUACGCUCCCCCAAGUGUCCGGAUUAUCCACUCCGGUCACGCAUGCAACAUAGAGGAGGAACGCUACACUGAGAGGGUGUAUACUAUCCGAGAGGGGGAGACCUUGGAGCUGACCUGUCUGGUCUCGGGGCAUCCACGGCCACAGAUCUUGCAGAGGGCUUAUCAGUCCCGUAGCCUGUGUGUGGUUAUAGAUAGGCAGCACUCUACACCUCUCAUCUGGGUCUCAGUGCUGCAUUUUCAGUGGAGAGGAAGAGUAGCCCCAAUACGAUGGACCAAGACAGCAGGCAGCGCUACUGACCGCUUCCAGGACUCAAGCGUAUUCAAUGAGACGCUGCGCAUAACCCGCAUCCAGAGGCACCAGGGCGGCCGCUAUUACUGUAAAGCUGAGAAUGGCCUCGGCACCCCAGCCAUCAAAUCCAUCCGAGUGGAUGUUUACUAUUUAGAUGACCCCAUCGUGACCGUCCACCAGAGUAUAGGAGAGGCGAAGGAACAGUUCUACUAUGAGAGAACAGUGUUCCUGCGGUGUGCUGCCAAUUCUAAUCCUCCGGUGCGGUACAGCUGGAGACGGGGAAGGGAGUUUCUGUCCCAGGGUUCUGACAAGGGUGUUGAGAUCUAUGAGCCGUUUUUCACACAGGGCGAAACCAAGAUCCUCAAGUUAAAGAACCUGCGUCCUCAGGACUAUGCUAACUACACGUGCACCGCCUCUGUCCGCAGCGUCUGUGGCAUCCCUGACAAAAGCGUUCUCUUCCGACUAACCAACAAAACAGCUUCCCCAACUAUUAAGCUACUGGUGGAAGACCCCAUCGUGGCCAACCCUGGCCAGACGGUGACACUGGUCUGCAUUAUCUCCGGAGGGGAGCCCAACCCAACCCUGUCGUGGGUACGGAAUGGAGAAGAGCUGCCAAAGAAGAGCGUGCUCAAUGGAGGAACCCUCACCAUACCGGCCAUCACCGUUGAAGAUGCUGGCGUUUACAGCUGCGUUGCCAGUAACAACGUGGGCAAUCCCGGAAAGAAAUCUACCAACAUUCUUGUCAGAGCUCUGAAGAAAGGACGGUUUUGGAUCACACCCGACCCCUAUCAUAAUGACGACAACAUCCAGAUUGGCAGAGAGGUGAAGAUAUCGUGUCAAGUGGAGGCCACACCACCCGAGGAACUGAUGUUCAGCUGGUUGAAAAACGGCCGUCCGCUCCGCAGCUCAGAGCGAAUGGUCAUUACCCAAACCGACCCAGACGUUUCCCCGGGAGCCACAAACCUGGACAUCAUCGACCUCAAGUUUACAGACUUUGGCACCUACACCUGUGUGGCUUCACUGAAGAACGGAGGAAUACCGGAGAUCAGUAUAGACGUCAACAUCUCCUCCACCACCGUCCCGCCCAACCUGACCGUCCCACGAGGAAAGUUUCCUCUGGUCACUCAGGAGGGGGAUACAGUGGAGCUCCAGUGUCUGGUCUCUGGCAAACCCAAACCCAUCAUCCUUUGGUCCCGCGCCGACAAGGAGGCGCCCAUGCCGGAUGGCAGCAUGCAGAGCGAAAGCUACGACGGAGUUCUGCGCAUCGUCAAUGUCUCCCGCGAGAUGACCGGCAUUUACCGCUGCCAAACCAGCCAGUACAACGGUUUUAACGUUAAACCCAGAGAAGCAACCGUUGAGCUCACAGUGCAGUAUCCCCCUGCUGUGGAGCCAGCGUAUACAGAAAUAAGACAGGGUCUGGGUCGCCCGUUCUCGAUGAGCUGCAGGGUCUUGCGUGCCCACCCCUCGAAAGUGCUAAAGUAUGAAUGGAAGUUCGGCACUCAACUGCUAACCAUGGGCCAGUUGGACACCCGAGACGAGACAGAAUAUAACGUGAGGGCGCUCAACCGAGAGGGCUACGGCGCGUACACCUGUGACAUAUCCAAUGAAGCAGGAGACGGCCGGUGUACUUUUUUUGUCACAGGAAAAGCCUUCGUGCCCGAGUUCUACUAUGACACCUACAGCGCUCUGUGGCAGAACAAGCCUCGCGUCUACGGCUUCAAUCUCCAGUGGACUCAAAUGAAUCCUGGUGCGGUCGACCGUAUCAUGGCCUAUCGACUUGGUAUCAAACAGACAGGACAUCAGAGAUGGUGGGAACAAGAAAUCCCAAACGAAGACAACAUCCAGAAAGGAGAACUUCUCACCUAUAACCUCACGGAACUCAUCAAACCCGAGGCCUACCAGAUCCGUCUCACGCCUAUAACACGCUUCGGUGAGGGGGAUUCAGCCGAACGAAUCAUUCGAUACAGCACUCCAGUGAAUCCUCAUUGGAAUAAGUUCCACUGCAACUUUGAAGAGGAAAGUAUCUGUAUGUUCACCCAAGAUAAAACGGAAGAGUUUGAUUGGACGAGACACAGCGCUUCAACCAGAAACACGAAAUAUACACCCAACACUGGACCCAGCAGCGACCGGACUGGAUCCAAACAAGGCAUCUAUAUGUACAUCGAGACCUCACGGCCACGUCUGGAGGGAGACAAGGCGAGAUUAUUGACCCCAUCCUUCACAGUCGCCCCUAAAAACCCUUAUGGGAAUGUGGUCACCAACCCAACUUACUGCUUAAGCUUCUAUUACCACAUGUAUGGACGACAUAUAGGGACAUUAAAUGUGUAUUUGAGGCAAAAGAGUCAGACGGGUUCAGAUGCCUCUGUGUGGACCUUGAGUGGAAACCAAGAAGAUCGAUGGAGGCAGGCCAGAGUUAACAUCCGUCCCACAUCAUCUUUUCAGAUUAUUUUGGAGGGCAUUCGGGGUUCUGGUAUUGAGGGAGAUAUUGCCAUAGAUGAUGUGACCAUAGAGGAAGGGGAAUGCCGAGACCCCCCACCCAGUAGUAAUAUAAGAUCACUGGCUUCUUCCACCCCAGUGCAUAUAUGGCAGCUUUGUCUCACACUACUUUUAAUCUCAUUGGGCCUCCGGAGGUGACCUCAUCAUACAAAGGUGGAACCCAGCUUUGGCAUUUCGGCUGACUUGGACUGCCUGAAUACAACAACCAAAGAUUCAUCCCGUCUAUACAAAGGUUUCAGAUCAGUGUGAAUGAGGAAGCCAGAGAGAGGAUAAAUGUUGUCGGCUAACACACUGACAUCUGUAUGACAAACUGAUGUCCACGAGAAAUCUACAGGAAAAACCUAUUACAGGUGUCAGUGUUAUAAAGAAGAGAACAAGUGCACCUGGAUUCCUACAGCAGGAUGGCUUAAGAGACUUCAAGGGGAAUCUUUCAAAGCACAAAGACAUGACAUGUAUUUCCAUUAUGACAUGUUUUUGCUUUGUUAAAUGUUUGCUACUGUCAUCAAAGACCUUUUUUCCAUGUUUCAUUACGCCGAAUAACACGUCGGGCUGGUACGACACGAAGAAAAAAGUAUGUUACCAGCAAUGGCAAGAAAAAAUGAAUGAUCGUUUAAAAAUUAAAAUUGUUUUUUUUUAACUUUCCAUUUUCUUCUUACGCAGUAGGUGUAUGUCUAAAAAUAGAGAUAUGUCAAAUAAACCUUGCUUUUGUAGUUCCCUGUACUGUAAUGUUAUCGAUUCACUGUUAAGAUCGGGACUCCGCAAAUGUUACGUUUUAAUGGUGUGUGGAGUUGCGAGCUUGAAGUUUGUUUCCAGAUGGAACGUUCAUGUGUCCUUUGUGUUUUAACAGAUAAAGUCACUGUGGGGCGUUGUGUAUUUCACCUAAACCCUCUGAUCAUGUGUUGUUGUUGGUACCAAACUCAUUUAAACCCAUUAUACUGUAACUGCACCGGACAUCAUUGAGUUUACCUUUCGUUUCAUCGUGGCCCCGCUAAACAAAGCUAGAUGAAAAAAAGUAAAGAUAACAGGUGUAGAGAAUUGUAAACAUCAGACCGUCCGCUCAAUUCCCAACUGUGUCCGAUUAAGAUUAUGCUGUUCCUUGCAGUUGUUUUCUGUAGGUGCGUAAAGAUAGCUGUCCUCUUACAGUCCGGUCACCUUCGGAACCUGUUCUUUACGGAGUCGCUGUCUGUAAUAAAAUCAAGUGCCUUCAGAAAAAACAUUCUAGUCAAACUGUUUCUGCUUUCAUUUAUAGCAUUUUCUUUUGGCACAGUUAUAGCAUAUAUAUGUUAUGCUAUGACUAUAGGUAUAGAGUGAGAUGAAAAGGUGAAAUUCAGAGACCCAAGCAUGAGAGACGGGUGACCGCAGUGCCCUGCCACAGCCAAAUGUUCCAUUGCUGAGUUUUACAUAUGUGUAGUGAUCGACUCUGUUUAAUGAUCAAUUCGUACACAUCCCAUCUGCUCCACGUGAUAUAAAGAGCGCGAAACGACGACGGUCGAACUGAACUUAAAGGACCAUCGAUUCAUCAAAAGAGCAUCUGGGAGCUAUUAUCACCAGGUGAAAAACAGCCAGGAGGGUCACUGUGAAAUCCUCCUUCAAACUGAUGAGUUCUUUGCCACUGAUCAAAAAAAAAAGAUUUUUUUUCGACAUCCUGAAGACUCAAGGACUGAGAGACACAAAGGAUGGAACUUUAGAAGACUGAUGAAACACGAUCAGCCUUGAUGUUCUGGAUCCAUCCGCUUGGAUUCGUACAAAUGAUAUUUUAUUACUCGAUUGAAAAUGACUGCUUUUACAAAAACUCUUAUAAACUCUGAACUACCUGAGACCAUCUGUUACCUUAUUCAGCUGGUUUUUGAAAAUGUAUUGUAAAAUCACUUUUAUCAUUCAUCAUUUUCCUUUCUGAGGAAGAAUUACAUUGACGGAGAAUGGUUUGUUUUUGUCUUAAACGUUCAUUUACGAGAUCCCUUUGCAUUAUUAUAUUAUGGCAUAAUUUGAAUUUAUAGUAUAAAGUAAUAUCAAAUAUAUGAGAUUAUAUGCAAAUACACCUGGUCGGGAGGUAUAUGAAAAAGAUGAAUAUUCAGAAAAAAGAAGCACAAUGUGAAAUAUUCAUAUGAAAAUUCAGAAACACGGUACGUUCAACACACAAUAAGUUGUUUUUCUCAAUUUUAUUAAGAUCACAAUCAGGAAUAACUGCAGAAAGUUCUUUGUGUAAAGAAAAAGGAAAUAUUUUACAUCUCGGUCCAA